GUGGCCCAAGAGCGCAUGCUCAAUGCUUUGAAAUUUGACGAAAUGAACCAUAGGUUCGACCAAGUCUCCGAAGCGCACGCCAAGACCUUCAAAUGGAUAUUCUCCGACGAAAAAAACGAAAAAGACUUCUCUACUGGCUUUCUGUUUCACGUUUCUGCCAAGCUUGGUGCAGGGAAAUCAACCCUGAUGAAGCUCAUCAUAAACAAUCCGCAUGUUCAAGACAGGUUACAGCAAUGGGCUGGUAAGUCUUGCCUUCCAUCACCAACCAUUUGCUUUCUGACACACGUAAAGAAAUCAUUCGACGGCAUGUGCCGAGCCUUACUUUAUGGUGCAAUUGAUGGCCGACCUGAGUUGACACGUCUACUUUUCCCAUCUCACUGGAAGGCCGCAUGGUCCGCUCCUUGGCAAGCAAGCAAAGAGCUUAUAAUUCAUCACACAGAAGUCCGAGAAGCACUAAAACUCCUAGUUGAUCAUAGUAAGGCGAAUGAGACUUUUAGCUUUUGCUUCUUCAUCGACGGCCUGGAUGAACUGGAGGAGUCCACGGAUUUCCAGCAUCGCCAUUUGGCAGAGACUCUGAAGGAAUGGUCAAGGCACAGCUCUGCGAACAUCAAAUUCUGUGUCUCGAGUCGAGAAUACAGCACCUUUCUCCAUCAUUUCCAGCAAGAGCAGAGGAUCCGUUUGCACGACUUGACAAAAAGAGACAUGGAAAAAUACGUGAAAGAUGUGACUAGAGGCGUUCGAAAUUACGGCACCCCUGAAAUCAAUCUUGAUUCAAUUGUCAAGCCUCUUGUGGACUCAAUCGUUGACAGGGCCCAGGGAAUAUUCCUCUGGGUUAAAUUGGUUGUCAAUGACCUGUGUAACCAGAUGGAGAACGGAUCUCGACCAGAAGACUUGCACCUUGAGGUCGAUAAACUCCCCGAAGGCAUUAACCAUCUCUUUCAUCAUUUCAUGACCUCCAUCAGCCAUGGCGCGAGUCAGAAAGCGUACCAAACACUAGACAUGAUUCUCAGGGCUAACGAAUGGUGGAUAAUGAUUACCCUUCUGAUUACCCUUCUGGCAUGGAAUUUCUUCGAGGUGAGGGAGAAAGCUCAGCCGGCUCUUUCCUCUGAGUCUUGAAGUUCAAGACCAGUAGAUGAUUUCAGAGAUGUGGAAGUUUCGAAGAAAAAGCUGAACAGCUGUCUCAGAGGGCUAGUCGAAGUUGCGUUCAUAGGGGCCCAUGGUGAUAGGCACCUAGCGCGUUACUACCAGCUAAGGGUGGCUCACCGCUCCGUUGCAGACUUCAUCGUUCAAGAGAGGAAAAGUGGAACACGUUGUCUGAGCGAACUUGACACCUUGACCGCCCUAUCCUAUAUUACUGUCUC